AAACGAUCUGAUAAUCAGUUGGAAUGUGAAAGUGCAAAAGUACAACUCUGAGAGUGUUUCAAACUCAAAUGCUAUUUUAAAGAUGGACGAGAAAGAAAAGGGAGUAAAAGAAGGAAUAAAACUGAAAAAAGAACAGAGUUGGCUAGUAUGGGAUAGAACCCACAUGUGGUGUAAACUGGUCUGAUGUGUUCCAGUCUUCUGAGAUAGGGGGCGCUGUAUCUAAAAUGAGUCACUCAGGAGAGCCAGACACCAAAGGAGGAACCCUCAGCACUAACAGAAAGAGGGUCCAGGAGGAAAGAGCAGGGUCACCUGUACCCAGCUGUCUGUCUAUGAAGAGUGAUCGUUCAAUGGAUUAUCCAGUUGACUUCAAAGGGGUAUUCCCAGCUGAUUCAAGGGUCCAGGAGGAAAGAGCAGGGUCACCUGUACCCAGCUGUCUGUCUAUGAAGAGUGAUCGUUCAAUGGAUUAUCCAAUUGACUUCAAAGGGGAGGAAAGAGCAGGGUCACCUGUGCCCAGCUGUCUGUCUAUGAAGAGUGAUCGUUCAAUGGAUUAUCCAAUUGACUUCAAAGGAGAAUUCACAGCUGAUUCAAGGAUCCAGCAGUCACUGGAGUACAGCUCUUUUGAUGAGAAGAGUUCAGAUAAAUUAUCUUCCUCAAAAAAGCUUUUGCGCACUCUGAUGAAGCUGAAGAGGGAUGAGAAGUUGAAACUGUUUCAGAGCCAUCUGAGUCAGGAUUGCCCAGAAUGCUGUCUUGAAGAUCAGAGUCUGCCUGAAGAUCCUACUUGGCUGGCUAAGUUUAUGAAGUUUAUUAAUGAAUUGUUCGACAUUAAUGAAGUUGAUGAUUACCCAGAAUGCAUUGAGAGAGAGCAGGAGGAUCCUGAGGCUGUGUGCAUAGUUGAGAAGUUGCUGGAGACCUGUGGCAGUGAGGGGUCUCUGAAGAUCACACUCCACAUCCUGAGGAACAUGAAGCAGAAGGAUCUCGCUGAUUUGCUGGAAAGAGAUGAGCACAAUGAGUCCAUAAAAAGAGCCCAGCAGGCACUGAAAACUCAUCUGAAGAAGAAAUUUGAAUGCAUAUUUGAAGGUUUAGCAAAGCAGAGGCACCCAGCCCUCCUCAAUGAGAUCUAUACAGAGCUCUACAUCACAGAGGGGGGAAGUGGGGAGGUCAAUGAUGAACACGAAGUCAGACAGAUUGAGACGGCAUCCAAGAGACAAACCACACAGGAGACUGCAAUCCUCUGCAAUGACAUCUUUAAGCCUUAUCCUGGACAAGAGAAACCUAUCAGAACUGUGCUUACAAAGGGCAUCGCUGGCAUUGGGAAAACUGUCUCUGUGCAGAAGUUCAUUCUGGAUUGGGCAGAAGGAAAAGCCAAUCAGGACGUUGAUUUCAUCUUCACUCUUCCUUUCCGAGAUCUGAAUCUGCAGAAGAAAAGAGAAUUCAGUCUGAUGCAGCUUCUGCAGCACUACUUUCCACAGCUGAAAGAGAUCGAAAGUGUUGAAGGUGAAGUCAACACCUUCAAAGUUGUAUUUAUCUUUGAUGGACUGGAUGAGUGUCGACUUCCUCUAAAUUUCCAAAGUAAUAAGUACUGCUCCGAUAUAACAGAGUCAUCAUCAGUGGAUGUGCUGCUGACCAACCUCAUUAAGGGGAAUCUGCUUCCCUCUGCUCUCCUCUGGAUCACCUCCCGACCAGCAGCAGCCAAUCAGAUCCCUCCUGAGUGCGUCCACCAGGUGACAGAGGUACGAGGGUUCAAUGACCCGCAGAAAGAGGAGUACUUCAGGAAGAAAAUCAGAGAUGAGAACCAGGCCAGCAGAAUUAUCUCACACAUGAAGUCAUCCAGGAGCCUCUACAUCAUGUGUCACAUACCAGUCUUCUGCUGGAUUUCUGCUACUGUUCUGGAGACAAUGUUGGGUGAAACAGAGAGUGGAGAUCUGCCCAAAACUCUGACUGAAAUGUACACACACUUUCUGAUCAUUCAGACUAAUGUGAAGAAUCAGAAAUAUCAUGGCACUGAUGAGACAGACACAAAGAAGAUGUCAGCAUUAGAUACAGAAAUCAUCCUGAAACUGGGGCAGCUGGCUUUUCUACAGCUGGAAAAGGGCAAUCUGAUAUUCUAUGAAGCAGACCUGAGAGAGAGUGGCAUUGAUGUCAGUGAAGCUUCAGUGUACUCUGGGGUGUGCACAGAGAUCUUUAAAGAGGAGUGUGGGUUGCACCAGGAGAAGGUCUACUGCUUUGUGCAUCUGAGCAUUCAGGAGUAUCUGGCUGCCCUCUUUGUAUUUCAAUCAUGUGUAAAUGAGAACAGAAAUUUACUCAGAGCAGAAGAAUCAAAACCUCACAGUGACAGAGUGCAGCUGUCUGAGUUAAACAGGAAUGCAGUGGAUCAGGCCUUAGAGAGUAAGAAUGGACACCUGGACCUUUUCCUCCGAUUCCUUCUCGGCCUCUCUCUGGACUCCAUUCAGACUCUCUUAGGAGGACUACUGACAGAGAUAGAAAGCAGAUCACAGAGCAUUAAGGAAACAGUCCAGUUCAUUAAGGAGAGGAUCAGAAAGGAAUCUUCAGCAGAGAGGAUCAUCAAUCUGUUCCACUGUCUCAAUGAACUGAAUGAUAACUCUCUAGUGCAGGAAAUCCAGAAUUCCCUGAGAUCAGGAAAACUUUCUGAUAAAAAGCUGGAACCAGACCAAUGUUCAGCUCUGGCCUUUGUGUUACUGAUGUCGGAGGAGAUACUGGAUGAGUUUAACUUGAAGACAUACAACACAUCAGCAGCAGGUCAUCAGAGACUGGUACCAGUAGUCAGGAACUGCAGGAAGGCCAUACUGAACAGCUGUGACCUCACAGAGAAGUCCUGUGAUAUUGUGGCCUCAGCCCUCCAGUCAUCAAACUCACCCCUGAGAGAUCUGGACCUCAGCUACAAUAACCUGGGAGAUUCAGGAGUGGAGCUGCUCUGUGCUGGAUUGAGGAGUCCAAACUGUAAACUACAGAGACUGGGACUGAACAGCUGUGACCUCACAGAGAAGUCCUGUGAUAUUGUGGCCUCAGCUCUCCAGUCACCAAACUCAGCCCUGAGAGAUCUGGACCUCAGCUACAAUAACUUGGGAGAUUCAGGAGUGGAGCUGCUCUGUGCUGGACUGAUGAGUCCAAACUGUAAACUACAGAGACUGGGGCUGGGUUGGUGUAAUCUCACAGAGGGCUGCUGUGAUGUUCUGGCCUCAGUCCUGCGUUCUCCUGACUCAGAGCUGAGAGAUCUGGAGCUCAGAGACAACGAGCUGCAGGAUUCAGGAGUGAGAGCGCUCUCUGCUGGACUGGAGGACCCACACUGUAAUCUGCAGAGACUGGGGCUGUCAGGCUGUGGAGUCACACACAGAGGCUGUGAUUCUCUGGCUUCAGCUCUGUGUUCAAACCCCUCACACCUGAGAGAGCUGGACCUGAGAUACAAUCACCCAGGAAACAAAGGAGUAAGAGUGCUGUCUGCUGCUAAACUGGACAGACUCACACUGCUUGUGGACAAUGGAGGAGAGAACAGGACCAAACCAGGACCCAGGAAAUACGGCUGCCAGCUCACACUGGAUCCAAACACAGCGCACAGAUGGCUGUCUCUGUCUGAGUGGAACAGGAAGGUGACACACACACUGGGGAGUGUGCAGCCAUAUCCUGAUCAUCCAGAGAGAUUUGAGUACUGGCCCCAGGUUGUGUGCAGAGAGAGUGUGUGUGAGCGCUGUUACUGGGAGGCUGAGUUCAGUGUGUCUGAGUCGAGGGUGGAUCGGGUUUCUAUAGCAGUGACAGAUAAAGGAAUCAGCAGGAAAGGACGGGGUUCUGACUGGUUUGGAGGGAAUAAAAACUCCUGGAGUCUGGAGCGCAAGUUCGGUUACUUUGGUGAAAUCACAUACUCUGUCUUACACAAUAAGAAGAAAACACGCCUACCUGAUCCCCCCUCCCCCUACCGCAGAGCAGGAGUGCGUGGUGGUGCUGGUAGAGGAGUGUGUGUGUACAGGGUAGGAGUGUGUGUGGACCGUCCAGCCGGCACUCUGUCCUUCUACAGCGUCUCUGACUCUGACACACUGACCCUC